AUUCACUACGCCUUUCUCAUUAUUUAUUUUUUUCAUAUGACCAUUUGAUCAAUACCCAAAUUGGGAGCUGCUUAUCUUUCUUUUAUCCUCUUUUACUUUUCCGGCGUUUGCAAUUAAGUAACAAAUUCAGCUCUGAUGCUGUUGCGGAUUCGUGAAACUGUGUUGUAGUAGUUGCUCUGAAAUUUGAUCGAAAGGGAAAUGGAGGAAGGGAGGUCCACGGCACCUGGAAUCGAAGCUGAUCCAGUGUCAUUGAGCCAACGCCGCUCCAAUUGUAUGUUCAUAUACCAGUUUACUCAACAAAGUCUACCAGCUUGUAAACCUGUCCUAUCACCUGUGUGGGUGGUUUCGGUAUUUUUCGUGGUCGGGGUGUUAUUUAUCCCAGUUGGGAUUGGCUGUCUUCAUGCUUCAAGAAGUGUUGUUGAAAUUGUCUAUAGAUAUGAUGUUGAAUGCAUUCCAGCGCCAUUCAGAGGCAACAAACUGGCAUACAUUGCAAAUGAUUUCAUUUCCAAAAAUUGCACCAAACACCUGCAGGUUCCCAGGAGUAUGAAAGCUCCAAUAUACAUCUACUACCAGCUUGAUAGCUACUACCAGAACCAUAGACGGUAUUAUAAGAGCCGAAGUGAGCGGCAGCUCUUGCAUGGAUUAGAGUACCCUGAUAUAGGUUCGUGUGCACCAGAGGAUGUUAUCAAUGGUCUCCCAGUUGUCCCAUGUGGCCUGGUUGCUUGGAGUAUGUUCAAUGACACGUUCUCUUUCUUCCGGGGAGUAGACGAAUUAAAUGUCAACAGGAAGAACAUUGCAUGGAAGAGUGACCGUGAUUAUAAAUUUGGAAAGCAUGUUUUUCCCUUCAAUUUUCAGAAUGGAAGUCUAAUCGGUGGUGCAAGACUUGACCCCAAUAUUUCUCUAAGUGAUCAAGAGGAUCUUAUUGUAUGGAUGCGCACUUCUGCUCUCCCAUCUUUCCGGAAGUUGUAUGGAAGAAUUGAAGAGGAUUUAGAUGCUGAUGAUACAAUCUCCGUCAAACUUCUGAACAACUACAAUACCUACAGUUUCAGUGGCAGCAAGAAGAUUGUUCUCUCAACAUCAAGUUGGUUAGGAGGCCAUAAUAAUUUCCUGGGGAUAGCCUACCUUUCUGUUGGCUCGUCUUUUAUAUUUGUCGCCUUUCUCUUCCUAAUGCUUCAUAUACAAAAUCCAAGAUCAUAUGUUGAUACGAGUAAUAUAUCAUGGAAUCGGAAGCACAUAUACGAUUAAAGGUAUUGAUUGAUGCAAGGAAUGCCAGGAAGGGCGUCGCUGACCACACCUUAUUUCUGGAAGCAUCCAUCUUCUCCAGUCCUUCCUUGGCUAUCGUCUCGAACUCAGCCCAUUCAACACCUUCUGAGGGAAGAUUGUUGGCGCGUGCAACCUCAACCCAGUUCUCAUACCUCACUUGCUUUUUCAUUUUUGUUGUGCAGCACCAAGAAAUUCUAGAGAGAGAGGGAUUCUUGUAGGGGGGCUGAAGAUGAUUUCUUGUAUCUAUGUAGGAUUUAGAGAGGAGAGAAAAUAGUUGGUGUGAACAAGAAGUUGAAACUAUUUUGCAUAUGAGAGGUCAUUUAGGUGAAGCCAUUGGUGGAUCCUGAAUUGUAGAAAUAUAAUGCCAAGUGUUUGGUUUCCUUGUUUA